ACAUUUAUUGGAUCGCAUCAGUGCCACCUAAACUGUAUAAAUACUGAGUGACAAGCUCAGUCAGUCUCACAGACGUCACAGCUCAGGAUCACUGAGGUGCCAUUAUUUCUGAUCAUCAUGAAGAUCUUUGCAGUAAUCCUUGUGCUGGCUGUCCUCUCAGGCUGCCAUGCAAGAAGUGUGUCUCAGGAUGAGGAGAAGAGCUCCUGGGAGGUCACAGUCGACAAAUUUAAGGAUUAUUUCACAGAUCUGAACUUGAAGGCCGAUGAAGUGGUGAACGACAUCAAGAGCUCUCAGAUCAGCAGAGAAUUGGACACCCUGAUCCAGGACAGCAUGUCUGAGCUGGCCAUGUACAAGGACGACCUACAGACCAAGCUGGCCCCCUACACUCAGGAGGCUGCAGAGCGUCUGGGCAAAGACCUGCAAAAGCUGGUUAACAAACUCCGCGAACACAUGACCGAAGCCCGGGUGCAGAUGGAGAAGUACAGCCAGGAGCUGCAGACCAUGAUGGAGCUGAAUGCCGACGACGUCAGGGUCAGGGUCUCCGCCUACACCCGCAAGCUGAAGAAACGCCUCAGCAAGGACACACAGCAGAUCAAACGACAAGUUGCCGACUACUUUGAGGAGCUUCAGUCCCGCACCUCAGACAACAUGGUGGACAUGAAGACGCGUUUCGACCCUUAUUUUGCUCUUGUGCGUGACAACGCCCAGGCAAAGAUCACCACCCUGAAUGACCUGCUGAGGUCGCAGGUGGAGAACAUGAAGGAGAAGAUUCAGACCACGGCUGAGAACAUCAAGGAGCGCUUCGAGAAAACCGCUGAAGACGUGCGAUCAACCCUGGGGGAGAAGAUGGAGGAGCUGAACACCUGGUUUCAGCCUUUUGUCUCCAAGAUCAGUGGUAACAUGUAAAAUCAAACAGUCUGGACUAUCUGUUAUCCAUCUCUUUCUGUAUCAAAACCACCUGUGUUAAAUGUUUUAAAGGAUUCAUAAAUAAAGAUACUCAGCUAUAAAAA